UGAGAUAAACACAUUGCACGCUAUCAAGAUAUUGCUGUUUGUUCCUCACCCUCCCAGGCCUCUCCCUCCCAGAUUCGGACAGCACCUCAUGAAUAACCAAUCGCCCAGAUGGUUACCCUCAAAGUGAUGCGGCUUACGAAGCCAACGUUGAUGCCUUUUCAUCCAAUCCAGUGCGAGUCACGUGAUCUGUGUGGUGAUCAGUUCCUGCAGCAGAACAACCUUGACCUUGCAAAGCCGAGGGGUCUAGAAUGCUUUCCUCUGGGAGACAUGCUGACAUUGCCACAGAAUUUUGGGAACAUCUUUCUCGGAGAGACGUUCUCCAGCUACAUCAGCGUCCACAACGACUGCGACCAGAUCUGCCGGGACAUCGUCCUCAAGGCAGACCUGCAGACCAGCUCCCAGAGACUGUCUCUGUCCAGCAUCAACUCUCAGCCAAUCAUGGAGCUUCUGCCGGACCACAGCAUCGAUGACGUCAUACACCACGAGGUCAAGGAACUUGGCACCCACAUCUUGGUCUGUGCUGUCAGCUACACGCCACAGUCGGGAGAGAAACUGCAGUUCCGGAAGUUCUUCAAGUUUCAGGUGCUGAAACCACUUGACGUUAAAACCAAGUUUUACAACGCUGAGGACUUUUUAGCCAACUUGGAUUCUGACGAGGUUUACUUGGAGGCUCAGAUCCAGAACAUUACACCUGGACCGAUCUACAUGGAUCAUGUCAGUCUGGAGCCGUCGCCGCAGUACCACGUGAAGGAACUGAACUCAGUCACUCCAGACACAGGGAUGAAGCAGGUGUUUGGCAAGGCCAACUAUUUGAACCAAAUGGACACCCGUCAGUACCUGUACUGUCUGUCACCACGACCUGAGCUGUACUCAGAGAACAAGGUGCUGAAGGGAGUCACUAACAUUGGCAAACUUGACAUUGUUUGGAAGACCAACCUCGGGGAGAAGGGGCGACUGCAGACCAGCCAGCUCCAGAGAGUGGCACCUGGGUUUGGUGACAUUCGGCUGACAGUGGAGUCAGUUCCUGACACUGUGGCGCUGGAGGGGACCUUCGCUCUCACCUGCAGGAUCACCAACUGUUGUGAGAGGACAAUGGACCUGACACUGGCUCUCCAGAACCAGGGUGUGACAGGGCUCAUGUGGUGUGGCAUCUCAGGGAAACAGCUGGGGAAGCUGCAGCAGAACGACAGCAUGGACAUCCCCCUCACCAUGCUGGCCACGACUCCUGGACUCCAGACAAUAUCAGGCCUGCGACUUACAGACAACUUCUUGAAGCGCACCUAUGAACAUGACGAGAUAGCUCAGGUGUUUGUAGUGGACGAUGCAUCACUCAGAUAGAUGCUCAGGACCAACUCAUCUUAUGUACCGUGUGUGAAAACAGCAAUGUAAAAUUUGCCUCUUGCAAGUUUACGUUUAAAAGAUAUUGUACAUCAUUAAUUUAAGAUAUGUUGUCUGGCGUUGUACUGUCUGAUUAUCCUUAAUGUUGCACAGUGUUAUACUCCUCAAUAUUUUAUUAGGAUCAUCAGUGUCUAGGUCGGAACAGAAUGUAACUGAAUGCUUGGACAUGUUGUCCUACUAAUAGUAUACUGUCAUAAAAUAUCACUAUUUUAAUUGAACAAAUACACAUUUCAGUAAGUUGUUUGGCCACAGUGUAAAAUGUAUCAGUAAAUUGAUAAAAUUGUUGUGGUAUAUACUGGUUGUAAAUAUCACGACUAGUAGUAUAUUUCAUCAAUGCCUAUGAGAUAGAGUAAGAUAUGCACAGAGCAAGAUAGACCCACCCACAUCAAGGUUGUCAAUGGCAAAGUGCAAUAUUUACAUGUUGGGUACUGCAGUCUUUAAUAACAGUGCAAUCUCAAACUAGCACUGACACAAGAGGGGAGGCAUUUCCCUAGCUGGUUCUGUUUCCUAAUUCUCUUGUCAUAUUCAUGAAAAUGAUAUUUGUAAAUUUGUUACACAAAAUACUGUUUUCAAGUAAAGGAUACUUCAGUAUUUUUUUUCUGCACCAGCAAACUUAAAAUGUGUGAGGUGAUAAUAAAGUGUAUUAGAUAAUGUGUUUGGUAACAUUAGGACAUUUUUGGUAACUUUUACAAUGCCUGUUUAUUUCAAAGUACAUGGGGCGGUGGGGUAGCCUAGUGGUUAAAGCAUUGGCUCGUCUCGCCGAAGACCCGAAUCCCCAAAUGGGUACCAUGUGCUAAGCCCAUUUCAGGUGUCUCCCGCCGUGAUAUUGCUUGAAUAUUGCUAAAAGCGGCGUUAAGCCAUACUCACUCACUCAAAGUACAGGAAGUGAAAGAAAGUCAGAGUUAUCUCCCUUCCCCAUUUAUAUUUUAUCAUCUCAGAAAUGUGUUGCAGACUUGGCAGAAACAUCCAUUUUUAGACUUUUUAAUUCUUUCCACAUAUGCAAUAUAAUGUAUAUUGUAUGUGUAAAAUUAUAAUAUUAAGUCACCCUAUCCAUCUAAUUCAAAACAGCCAAGACAACAUGCCGACUUUGCACUUUUUCAAUUGUAUUUCCUGCACUUUCACUGGUAUAUUUGUCAUAAUGGUGAGGAUGAUCCCAGAGGUGGAUACAGAAGAUGGAUGAAGAAGAGAUUCAGUUCCUAGAGUUAUAACUAGAGUGACUAUGUUAUGCAAUUCAGGUAUAUAUGUUUUAUGCUGACUUCGAAAUGCAGACAACUGGUUGGCAAGCAUGAUGAAGCAGGCAGAUGUGAAGGAUGUAUGGUGUAUAUGAACUGUACAUAGGUGUGUAUGUAAAUAUUGUCACCUUCCAAGGCUGCCAUGUGAACAGUUGUAAGCUUAUGUACAACACAUGGUUGAAUAUAAACAGCAAUGUGAAACA